AUGGCUUCCUACCAAUUUUGUAACUCAGUGCAAAAAUAUAAAAUAAAAAUAUUGAUAAAUAUUGAUGAUGGUGAAGAUGAAGAUGGUGGUGAUGAAGAAAAAGGUGGUGAUGAAGAUGGUGAUGAUGGUGAUGAUGAUGAAAAUGAUGAUGGUGUUGAUAAGAUGAAGAUGGUGAUGACUAUGGUCAUGGUGAUGAUGGUGAUGUUGACAAAAAGCCAGGGAGUUUUCAGUGAGGACCUUCACUCCAGCCUCUACUUUGUCAAUGCAUCUCUGCAAGAGGUAGUGUUUGCGAGCACCACGGGGACCCUGGUGCCCUGCCCUGCUGCAGGCGUCCCUCCUGUGUCUCUCAGAUGGUACCUAGCAACGGGCGAGGAGAUCUACGAUGUCCCCGGGAUCCGCCACGUCCACCCCAACGGCACUCUCCAAAUUUUUCCCUUCCCUCCUUCAAGCUUUAGUACCUUAAUCCAUGAUAAUACUUAUUAUUGCACAGCUGAAAAUCCUUCAGGGAAAAUUAGAAGUCAGGAUGUCCACAUCAAGGCUGUUUUACGGGAGCCCUAUACAGUCCGUGUGGAGGACCAGAAAACCAUGAGAGGCAAUGUUGCGGUCUUCAAGUGCAUUAUCCCCUCCUCAGUGGAGGCGUACGUCACCGUCGUCUCCUGGGAGAAAGAUACCGUGUCACUCAUCUCAGGAUCUAGAUUUCUCAUCACAUCCACGGGAGCCUUGUAUAUUAAAGAUGUACAGAAUGAAGAUGGAUUGUAUAACUACCGCUGUAUCACACGGCACAGAUACACUGGGGAGACCAGGCAGAGUAACAGCGCUAGACUUUUUGUAUCAGACCCAGCGAACUCAGCCCCAUCCAUACUGGAUGGGUUUGAUCAUCGCAAAGCCAUGGCAGGGCAGCGUGUGGAGUUGCCUUGCAAAGCGCUUGGGCAUCCUGAGCCAGAUUAUCGCUGGCUGAAGGACAACAUGCCCCUGGAACUUUCUGGAAGGUUCCAGAAGACCGUGACAGGGCUGCUCAUUGAGAACACUCGUCCUUCAGAUUCAGGCAGCUAUGUAUGUGAAGUUUCCAACAGAUACGGCACUGCUAAGGUGAUAGGCCGCCUGUACGUGAAACAGCCACUGAAAGCUACCAUCAGCCCCAGGAAAGUUAAAAGCAGCGUGGGUAGCCAGGUUUCCUUGUCCUGCAGUGUGACAGGCAGUGAGGACCAGGAACUCUCCUGGUACCGAAACGGUGAAAUCCUCAACCCUGGAAAAAAUGUGAGGAUCACAGGGAUCAACCACGAAAAUCUUAUAAUGGAUCACAUGGUCAAAAGUGACGGGGGCGCAUACCAGUGCUUUGUGCGCAAGGAUAAGCUGUCCGCUCAAGACUUUGUGCAGGUGGUCCUUGAAGAUGGAACUCCCAAAAUUAUUUCUGCCUUUAGUGAAAAAGUGGUGAGCCCAGCAGAACCAGUGUCCCUCAUGUGCAAUGUGAAGGGAACCCCAUUGCCCACGAUCACGUGGACCCUGGACGAUGACCCGAUCCUCAAGGGUGGCAGUCACCGCAUCAGCCAGAUGAUCACGUCGGAGGGAAACGUGGUCAGCUACCUGAACAUCUCCAGCUCUCAGGUCCGGGAUGGGGGAGUCUACCGCUGCACUGCUAACAACUCGGCGGGAGUCGUCCUGUACCAGGCUCGAAUAAACGUAAGAGGGCCUGCAAGCAUUCGACCAAUGAAAAAUAUCACAGCGAUCGCAGGGCGGGACACGUACAUCCACUGCCGUGUGAUUGGCUAUCCCUAUUACUCCAUCAAAUGGUACAAGAACUCUAAUCUGCUUCCUUUCAACCAUCGCCAAGUGGCAUUUGAGAACAACGGCACUCUAAAACUCUCGGAUGUGCAAAAAGAAGUGGAUGAGGGAGAGUACACGUGCAAUGUGCUGGUUCAACCGCAGCUCUCCACCAGCCAGAGUGUCCACGUGACGGUCAAAGUUCCACCUUUUAUUCAACCUUUUGAGUUUCCAAGAUUCUCCAUUGGACAGCGGGUCUUUAUCCCAUGUGUUGUGGUCUCAGGGGACUUGCCCAUCACGAUCACUUGGCAGAAGGACGGCCGGCCAAUCCCAGCGAGCCUCGGGGUGACCAUCGACAACAUUGACUUCACGAGCUCCUUACGGAUUUCCAAUCUCUCCCUCAUGCACAAUGGGAAUUACACCUGCAUCGCCCGGAAUGAGGCCGCAGCAGUGGAGCACCAAAGCCAGCUGAUUGUGAGAGUUCCUCCCAAAUUUGUGGUUCAGCCACGGGACCAGGACGGGAUUUAUGGCAAGGCUGUCAUCCUCAAUUGCUCAGCAGAGGGCUAUCCUGUACCCACCAUAGUGUGGAAAUUCUCUAAAGGUGCUGGGGUUCCCCAGUUCCAACCCAUUGCCCUCAAUGGCCGAAUUCAGGUCCUGAGCAACGGGUCCUUGUUGAUCAAGCACGUCGUGGAGGAAGACAGCGGCUACUACCUGUGCAAGGUCAGCAACGAUGUGGGCGCGGACGUCAGCAAGUCCAUGUACCUCACGGUCAAAAUUCCUGCGAUGAUAACGUCCUAUCCAAACACGACCCUGGCCACUCAGGGUCAGAAGAAAGAAAUGAGUUGUGCAGCCCAUGGUGAGAAACCCAUCAUAGUCCGCUGGGAGAAGGAAGACCGGAUCAUUAACCCUGAGAUGGCCCGUUACCUCGUGUCCACCAAAGAGGUGGGAGAGGAGGUGAUCUCUACUCUGCAGAUUUUGCCAACUGUUAGAGAAGACUCUGGCUUCUUCUCCUGUCAUGCUAUCAAUUCUUAUGGGGAGGACCGUGGAAUAAUUCAGCUCACAGUGCAAGAGCCCCCAGACCCUCCCGAAAUUGAGAUCAAAGACGUGAAAGCACGCACAAUCACCCUCAGGUGGACCAUGGGGUUUGACGGCAACAGCCCCAUUACGGGCUACGAUAUUGAAUGCAAAAAUAAAUCAGACUCCUGGGAUUCUGCUCAGAGAACCAAAGAUGUUUCCCCUCAGCUGAACUCGGCCACCAUCAUUGAUAUCCACCCUUCCUCCACCUACAGCAUCCGCAUGUACGCCAAGAACCGGAUUGGCAAGAGCGAGCCCAGCAACGAGCUCUCCAUCACCGCGGAUGAGGCAGCUCCUGAUGGCCCACCUCAGGAAGUUCACCUGGAACCCCUGUCAUCUCAGAGCAUCAGGGUCACCUGGAAGUUCAUGGAGCAGUGGUUUCUCUCGGAGCAGCAGGCUGAUGUUGUGGGACCUGUCAGCGUGCAGACAGGUGUCCGGAUGAUUUUACAGACUGAACGAGUGCCCAGUUACCCCCCUGAAAAUGUCCAAGCCAUAGCAACAUCACCAGAAAGCAUAUCAAUAUCCUGGUCCACACUUUCCAAGGAAGCCUUGAAUGGAAUUCUCCAGGGGUUUAGAGUCAUUUACUGGGCCAACCUGAUGGACGGAGAGCUGGGCGAGAUUAAAAACGUCACCACGACACAGCCUUCCCUGGAGCUGGAUGGCCUGGAGAAGUAUACCAACUACAGUAUCCAAGUGCUGGCCUUUACCCGCGCCGGGGACGGAGUCAGAAGUGAGCAGAUCUUCACUCGGACCAAAGAGGAUGUUCCAGGUCCUCCUGCAGGAGUGAAGGCAGCUGCAGCCUCAGCCUCCAUGGUGUUUGUGUCCUGGCUUCCCCCUCUCAAGCUGAACGGCAUCAUCCGAAAGUACACUGUAUUCUGCUCCCACCCCUAUCCCACAGUGAUCAGCGAGUUUGAAGCCUCUCCUGACUCAUUUUCCUACAGAAUUCCCAACCUGAGUCGGAACCGUCAAUACAGCGUGUGGGUGGUAGCCGUAACUUCAGCUGGGAGAGGCAACAGCAGUGAGAUCAUCAUGGUGGAGCCAUUAGCUAAAGCUCCAGCACGAAUCCUGACCUUCAGUGGCACAGUGACUACUCCAUGGAUGAAGGACAUUGCCUUGCCUUGUAAAGCUGUUGGGGACCCUUCUCCUGCAGUAAAAUGGAUGAAAGACAGUAACGGGACACCCAGCCUAGUAACGAUUGAUGGGCGGAGGAGCAUCUUCAGCAACGGGAGCUUCAUUAUCCGCACAGUGAAGGCGGAAGAUUCCGGCUAUUACAGCUGCAUCGCCAAUAACAACUGGGGAUCAGAUGAAAUUAUUUUAAAUUUGCAAGUACAAGUUCCACCUGAUCAGCCUCGGCUUACAGUGUCCAAAACGACAUCUUCUUCCAUUACACUCUCGUGGCUCCCUGGGGACAAUGGGGGCAGUUCCAUCAGAGGAUACAUAUUGCAGUACUCCGAGGAUAACAGUGAACAGUGGGGAAGUUUUCCAAUCAGCCCAAGUGAACGUUCUUACCGCCUGGAAAAUCUGAAGUGUGGUACUUGGUACAAGUUCACUCUUACUGCCCAAAAUGGAGUGGGACCGGGACGUAUCAGUGAGAUCAUAGAAGCGAAAACGUUGGGGAAAGAGCCCCAGUUCUCGAAAGAGCAAGAACUCUUCGCCAGCAUCAACACCACACGCGUGAGGCUGAACCUCAUCGGCUGGAACGACGGCGGCUGUCCUAUCACCUCCUUCACUCUGGAGUACAGACCGUUUGGGACCACGGUCUGGACCACAGCUCAGCGGACCUCUCUCUCCAAGUCCUACAUCCUAUACGACCUGCAAGAGGCCACGUGGUACGAGCUGCAGAUGAGGGUGUGCAACAGUGGCGGCUGUGCAGAGAAGCAGGCCAACUUCGCCACGCUCAACUAUGAUGGCAGUACAAUCCCUCCACUCAUUAAGUCAGUUGUCCAAAGCGAAGAAGGCCUGACGACCAACGAGGGGCUCAAGAUGCUCGUGACCAUCUCCUGCAUCCUGGUGGGGGUCUUGCUGCUGUUUGUGCUCCUGCUGGUGGUGCGGAGGAGGAGGCGGGAGCAGAGGCUGAAGAGGCUGAGAGAUGCGAAGAGUUUAGCUGAAAUGCUCAUGAGUAAGAAUACCCGGACUUCGGAUACCUUGAGCAAGCAACAACAGACCUUGAGAAUGCACAUUGACAUACCCAGGGCUCAGCUUUUGAUUGAAGAGAGAGACACAAUGGAGACCAUCGACGAUCGCUCCACGGUCCUGUUAACGGAUGCUGACUUUGGGGAGGCGGCGAAACAGAAGUCCCUGACAGUGACGCACACGGUCCACUACCAGUCAGUGUCACAGGCCACCGGGCCCCUGGUGGACGUUUCGGAUGCGCGGCCGGGAACGAAUCCCACCACCAGGAGGAACGCAAAGGCAGGACCCACAGCAAGAAACCGGUAUGCCAGCCAGUGGACCCUCAACAGACCCCACCCCACCAUUUCAGCACACACCCUCACCACAGACUGGAGGCUGCCGACGCCCAGGGCUGCGGGAUCAAUGGACAAGGAGAGUGACAGCUACAGUGUCAGCCCCUCACAAGACACAGAUCGAGCGCGAAGCAGCAUGGUCUCCACAGAAAGUGCCUCCUCCACUUAUGAAGAACUGGCCAGAGCCUACGAGCAUGCUAAGAUGGAAGAGCAACUGAGGCACGCCAAGUUCACCAUCACAGAGUGCUUCAUAUCAGACACAUCAUCUGAACAGUUGACGGCAGGGACAAACGAGUACACAGACAGUCUGACCUCCAGCACCCCUUCAGAAUCGGGGAUCUGCAGGUUCACUGCAUCUCCCCCCAAACCUCAGGAUGGAGGUCGAGUGAUGAACAUGGCGGUUCCAAAGGCACAUCGGCCAGGUGACCUCAUACAUUUGCCUCCAUACCUUAGAAUGGACUUUUUGUUAAACCGAAGCAGCGCAGGCACCAGCAGGGACCUGAGUUUAGGGCAAGCGUGCUUGGAACCUCAGAAAAGUCGGACCCUGAAGCGCCCCACGGUCCUUGAGCCAAUCCCCAUGGAGGCCUCCUCUUCCACGUCCUCCACGAGAGAGGGACAGCAGUGGCAGCAAGGGGUCGUGGCCACAUUACCUCAGCGAGAGGGAGCAGAGCUGGGACAGGCAGCUAAGAUGAGCAGCUCCCAAGAAUCGCUGCUCGACUCUCGGGGCCAUUUGAAAGGAAACAAUCCCUACGCAAAAUCCUACACCCUGGUAUAA